AUGUUAGCAUUCAACCGGGAGGAGUUGCGAAUGGCACCACUAAUAUGGUGGGAUGUCAAGACAAACCUCUCCACCAUACAGGACAACGCUGGUGCACCUAAAAUCGAGCAAACCCCCGGGUAUAUUGCGCCGAAAGAUCGCCAACAUGCUCUUCCGCAAUAUGCCGUUCUAGGCCAUGUUACUGAAGAUGUGAAGGGAGUCCAUAAACCAGUCCUACUUAAUACCAACUCGCCAUGGUCUGCCUUCUUGUGCGGAUCCCAAGGUUCCGGAAAGUCGCAUACACUGUCUUGUAUGCUUGAGAACUGUAUCCUUAGCGAUACUGCGCAAAUCAAGAAAAUCGGCAAGAAUCCCAAGCCGCUAGCUGGACUAGUGUUCCACUACGAUAGAUGUGAAGGAAGCGGCGUAUGCGAAGCAGCAUACUUGUGCUCGGAGAUCCCGACAACCGUGUUGGUCAGUCCGAGCAAUUCUGCAAACCUCACCGAACAAUAUAAAAGAAUAGCGAAGGAGCGAGGCAACAUCCAGGUGGAAGAGUUGCGAUUGCUAGGGAAACACAUGAAUACUGAUAGGGUGAAGACAUUAAUGGCGGUAGGGAAGGACGGCGACUUACCAUUAUAUAUGCAGGUUAUUAUGAAGAUUAUCCGGGAAAUGGCGAUGAAAACUAAAGGCCUUGGUUCAUUCAACUAUGCUGAAUUCUGCAGAAGAGCGUGCGCCGAGACAUUUCAAGAUCGGCAAAGUGGUCCGCUCAAAAUGCGCAUGGAGCUUUUGGAAUCCUUUAUACAUACCACAUCAGGGAAAACUCAGGAUUUCCUAAUAGGCAAGCCCGGAACCCUCACUAUCAUCGACCUCACCGAUCCCGUCGUCGAUGCCGAUUCCGCAUGUGUCCUUUUCGACAUUUGUCUUUCAGUCUUCAUUUCGCAAACCCAGUGUGGGAAGAUCAUCGCAUUGGAUGAAGCCCAUAAUUAUAUGGCUGAAGACGCUAACGCGUCGAAAGUAUUUACAGAUAAGCUGCUAAAGACUAUUCGUGAACAACGGCACAAGGCCACACGCGUUGUGGUUGCCACACAAGAACCCACCAUCAACCCUAAACUGCUGGAUCUUUGUAGCAUCAUCAUGGUUCAUCGGUGCACGAGCCCCGCUUGGUUUGAUGUGUUGAAGAAACAUGUUGCGGGCCUUUUUCUAAACUCAAUUGCUGCAAAGAAGGAAGAAGGCACGGAGACUGAAAAAGCGGAAUUAAAGGGGGGGAAGCGGCUGGAAGGCGAUUUAGCUACAUUUCAGAAGAUUGUAAAGUUAAGGUUGGGGGAAAGCUUGCUAUUUUGUCCCACAGCGGCUGUGGAUAUGAUGGGAAAUGAGAUUGUGAGGAUGGAGGGUGGGUAUGCGAGGUUCAGGACGAGGAUGAGAGUUACGGCUGAUGGUGGGAAGAGUAAAUUUGCCGGGGAUACCUAG